GUAAUUGUAGGUUGUCCGUACAGCAAGCGAUAAUGUACGUUUCAGGUACUUCCUAAACCCCUCCAUUCCACUCUUCGUAGUAAUAUAUUCCUGCUUCAUAAAGACUGUGGUUCGCCACAACAUAACAGCUACUACAGCCCGGUCAGGGUCGCCUCUGCUGCGUGGCCUAGCGCAAUGAGGCUCCUGUGUCUCGGCACGGCAGUCUUAUUGCUCUUCAUUUUACCUGUAUCUCAUGCUGCCAAGAAGCUCCCCAAGCCCCCGCCAGCUCCCAUCCGCGAGCGCAACGGCGUCAGGCUGACGGGUGGCUCCGGCUCCAAGGGCCGCUUGGAGGUGUCCUCCACGGCUUCCUGGCUGACGGACGGCACUCCUGGCGCAGUCACCUGGCGGCCUCUGUGCGAUGAUGAUUCCCUGGGUGAUAGCCUGCCACAGAUCGCGUGUGAGAUGCUGGGUUACAAGUACGGCAGGCGGUACUACAGCCCCGACGUGAACUACCGGGAGGCGGACCCCAACGCCACCCGAAUGGACGCUCCGCUUGGCUACAUGUAUUGCUCCAAGAAGGGCAGCCACCGUCGCCUAGCCAGCAGCCAUGCCGCCGACAACGAGGAGGCUGCCGGCAUGUCAGCAGCUGCUGCGCUAGACCUAGACCAGGGCAGCAGCAGCAGUCGGGUGCGAGGCGGGCGGGCGCUGUUGGCCCCGCUGCGGGGCUCGGUCAAUACACCCGCCAAGUCUCCGUACAGCUGCAGCUUCAGGCUGGGGGACUGCGGCUACCCUGGGCCGAUGGCGGGCGUGGAGUGCUCAAACUCCCUCUUGCCGCCAGCGCCACCGCCGCCGCCGGUGCCUCCCACCCCUCCUCCCGCCCCUCCACCCAAGUCCGACUCCAUCCGGCUGGUGGGUGGCGCCAACACCGACUCCCGAGUGGAGCCCAACCUGUGCUCCUCGCCCGAGGACCCCCUCUGUGCCUUCUUCGGCCGCGUGGAGGUGCAGGUGGCUGCUCCCGACAACAGCAGUGCCCUGGUGUGGGCGCCGCUGUGCGCAUUGGGGGACCAGCUCUCCGGCUACAGCUUUGGCAAGCUGGUGUGCAACCAGGUGGCCAACUGGCCGGACGACAACACCCGGGUGUACUGGCUGGUGCACGCAACCCUCGCCGAGUCGCCUUUCACCAUUCCCCAAGGUACCGUCACGGAAGAGGGCGCUUUCAACCCCGCUCAGUACGGCACUUGGGCGACUGUUGUGGGCGGGGAUUUGGACAACGCGCUGAGGGUGCAGGAGCUGGAUGUGCAGGUCUCCACCUCCCAGUGCGACAGCGGAGCCAUGUUUGCAGUCCGCUGCGAUACGCUGGUUGCAGGGUAACGGAAAGCUCCGCACCGACCCUCGCUUCGCAGUCCGCACGUAAUUUCAGUAGCUUAGUCUCGUACUCGUUUCUCGCAUUAUGUCUCGUGAAUGGCGUGCCAGUAGUCACAAAGCGGUGUUAGCUCGUACUAGAAGUGAAAGAGGAACACAAGGAGAGGUGGACGUGUGAAGUUGUAUCGUACUUUGAAUGGCAAUCGAUGUGUGGCUCCUGAGGCCCAUGUGAUUCUCUAGGGAUACUUAGCCGGGGGUGCGGCCCCAUAUUCCGUAUAAGCAUUAGGCAUCUGUAACUAAAGGCAACAGAUGCCUAAAAAGGCAACAGUGGUCAUAUUUUGUUGCGCGCAACCUUUAAGACACAUCGGCUAUCGUACUUAGCUAUGGCUCCGCUUCUAUGAACACUGGGACUAGCGCCGCCGACAUAUCGUAUAACUGUGGGUGUAUUGGCGUGCAGUUGUUGAUCCAUGCGCGAUGGCUGGACGAAUAAUUGUUACUGUUGCCCCAAUGUUGCCGUAGCAUUGGUGUCGGGUGUUAUCCCGUGAGCUUUCUGUGCAUUUUCUUUAUGACUGAAAAGACAGCUGAGGGUGGGAGAAAGUCCCGCC